ACAGUGACACCAACAUUAGAUCAAACUUCAUCUCUUCCUCGACGUCUUUCUCAUCGUUCAGAAAUACAUUUUUAACUUCCAAGAUGGUUCACAAGCUCUGUUUGGUCACCGUGGGGGCUACAGCUCCGUUCGAGAAGCUCAUCCAAGCGGUCCUCCAUGAGUCGUUCAUCGCGGAGCUGGAGAAAUACGACUUUACCCGUCUCUUGAUCCAGUAUGGCAAAGGUGGUCAGCCCAUCUUCGAUGCCUAUCGUGCAGAGUAUGAGAAGGGCGACAUCAUUCAUGAUAUUCAAAUUGGUGGCUUUGACCUUCGCCCCAACAUGACCCCAUAUGUGUGCAUGGCCCGAGAGGACCCGUCCAUGGCCCAGGAGCUUGGGAUGAUGAUCAGCCAUGCCGGUACUGGCUCGAUCUUGGACGCCCUUCGUGCGGGCUUGCCACUCGUCAUUGUUCCAAACCCUGAUCUCGCCAACAACCACCAACAGGAGCUGGCCGACCAUCUAGCCAAAGAGGGAUAUGCGAUCGUUGGCAAACUCGAUGAUAUGCCUAGUGUUGUUGGCCAAGCAGCACAGCGGGGUGAUCAGGUGCCCUAUUUCCGGCGAGACAAUGGUGAUCGCUCGAUCAUGGCCAUCUCAGAUGAACUGUCAUGGGUGGACUGAGCAUGCUGUGUCUGUGUUGAGUGCAUGCAAUCACAAGGACUUGCAUGGCAAGAUCUAUCCACUCGAUGAGGUAAGUUACUCUCCGCUUCAGAAG